CCACAAAGAUUAAUUGCUCUCACGAUGGGACACUGUUAUGGACGCCAAUUACCAUGCCACUGAUUCUCAUAAUAGAUAUGAGCAAUAUCUCGAGCUUCUACAACACAAAAUCACCGAGUACGACGUUGACGCCUUACGAACCAUCUGUCGGGCUGAUAUAACCCGAAUCUUCCCGCGCGCGAACGCGAUAUGCAGCACUUUUUCUCAACACCAUAGCUCAACAACGAUGACAGGUAUCAAGGAAACGCCAGCUGAAGUUGAACCCUACAUCUUAUGGCGACAAAUCCCCCGGCAGAGAAUCUAAUCGUGCC